AUGCCGUAUUGUACAGGCGGGUCACUGCAACAAUAUGUGUUUGAGCACCACCUGACCAUAGGCCAGCUUGUUCAUAUAGUCCAAUCGAUCGCAUCUGGGUUAGCAGAAAUCCAUGGUCAUGGAUACAUCCAUCGGGAUAUUAAGUGUGACAAUAUUUUUCUGGUAGAAGAAACGAACCAGAUUGUCAUCGGUGACUUUGGGGUGGUAUCGAUUACUCCUGCUGCAGAUUCCAAUGUGGAAGAAGCUGGCGUUGUUUUAUUCUGGUCACCUGAACUCGUGCAGAAAAGAAUCGUAAACCGAAAAAUCGACAUCUGGGCCCUGGGUAUUGUAAUCCUUGAGAUCUUGAAUGGAGGCAAGGCGCCCUAUGAAGACGAAAAGUUGAAUGAAGAAGAGAUAAAGCAACGUAUCCUCGACAACGGCAAACCAGCGUAUCCAAGCGACCUUCCCUCUCGACUGGUAGAUUUGCUGGAUCAAUGCCUCAGUCCUGACCCUCGGGGCAGAGCUUCGGCUUCUGGUCUGCUUCAGCAUCCGUUCCUGUGCGAUUACGAUCCCGAGCCACUCUUCCCUGCG